AUGAGUGUAGGUAAAUUAACCCAUUAUGCAAUAGAUUUAGUAUUGAUCUCGGUGAUAUUGGCUGGGAUCCAUAGAAAUACUGGUCUACAAUUUGAUACAUCACAUUUUCUGCUGGUAGAUUUCCGUCGUUGGUUUGGUAAUUAUUUAUCAUUUGGAGAAUCUUGUUAUGAUAAAAUUGUUUCAAUGUUAAAAUGGAGUGGUUAUUUCAAACAAAAUAAUUUGAUUUUUGAUUACGUUAAUAAGGAAGCUAAUAAAUUCAUAAAAGAACAAACUGGUAGAGAUUUAGAUGACUUUAAGCAAAAAUCAUCUUAA